AAAUUUCUCACAGCUGUUGGUUUGGGAAACUGCAACUGUGGAACCUUCCGAGCAUUUGAAGUGAAGCAAUUGUGUUUCAAAGGCAAUCAAAAAGAUUUUUACAUCUGGAGCUCGCAAGACGCAGGAAGCAGAUUGCAUAAGUCCAUCUAAAGGAAGACAAAAGGUCAAUCGAGCGGUUAAAGGGUUUCCUGAGUUCGGGUUAGUGAAAUUGCUUCGGUUCUCUUCGUCUGUGGAAUAGUCAAGGAAAAACUUUUAAUCCGUAGGAUUACUUUGUCCCAUUUACAUUAAAGCCGAUUUUGCAUUCUAGCCCUCGAAAAAUGUUUGGUUCGAGGAAGGCUCAUUUUAAGAUAGGGAAGCAUAGUUCUACCCCAAAUCCAAACCCGUUUGAUUCUGAUGAUGAUUUUAAAGCUAAGCAAAACCAGGUUUCUUCUCAAAGGACUUCAUCAGACCCUUCAUUAAUGACACAGAACUUUAGCUCCAAUCCUUUUGGUGAUGAUCAUGAACAUGCCCCCUCAUCUUCGAGUUCGUUAACUUGGUCAGAAAGGAACAAGUACAAGAACGAUUUCCGUGACUCGGGAGGAGUAGAAAACCAAUCAGUGCAGGAGCUGGAGAAUUAUGCUGUUUAUAAGGCUGAGGAGACCACAAAAGCAGUGAAUGGCUGUCUAAAGAUUGCUGAAGAGAUAAGGGACAAUGCUACCCAAACUUUGGUGACCUUGCAUCAGCAGGGUGAGCAAAUUACCAGGACUCAUAUGGUUGCUGCUGACAUUGAUUAUGAUCUCAGUCGGGGAGAGAAACUGCUGGGAAAUCUAGGGGGAAUGUUCUCCAAGACUUGGAAGCCAAAGAAAACUCGGCCGAUAUCCGGACCUAUUAUAACCUCAGAUGAUUUAGUGAGAAGAAAGGGCAACCACUUGGAGCAGAAGGAAAAGUUAGGACUYACUCAUAAGGGACGGACAAAUACAAAAGCUGCAUUUUCUGAACCUACCAAUGCAAUUCAAAAAGUUGAGGUAGAAAAGGUGAAACAAGAUGAUGCACUAUCUGACAUGAGCAAUAUUUUGGGAGAGCUCAAGGAAAUGGCUGUUGACAUGGGGUGUGAAACUGACAGGCAGAACCAUGCUCUGGAUCAUGCUUCUGUUGACGUCGAGGUGCUCAAUGACCGAGUUCAAGAUGCCAACCGACGGGGUCGUCGUUUGCUUGGAAGAUAGAGUUGAAGGCCUUCACGUUUGCAAUUGGUCCGUUGAUGCUUAUUUGCAUCUCUCACCUCUCUUUUUGUAUCCAUUUUCAUGGUUUUGUACUCUUUUUGCUGCCAUAAAUAGAUAUUCUGUCCCUUGUCUUGGCGACACAUUUUAUUCGGAUCACUGUUUGCUAGUACUACAAAGAAACUACACUGAUUCAAAGUAUACAAACGAACACAUAUGAAUGAAUCCAUUCAA